AUGCUCAGCGACUAUGGCGCAUCUGUCGUUAGAAUCGAUCGACCGCAUCCCAAUGCCCAUUCGCAGUCAAAGCCCGUCCCACCCCCUACAUUUGACGCACUGACCCGACACAAAACAUCCAUCAGCCUCGAUCUCAAGAACCCUGCUUCAAAGGCCGUUCUGCUCUCCUUGCUAUCAAAAGCCGACGUCCUGAUCGACCCUUACCGCCCUGGCGUCCUGGAGAAGCUAGGACUAUGUCCUACAACUGUGCUACUGAAGCAUAACCCCCGCCUUAUCAUUGCGCGCAUGACUGGGUUUCGUCGCGAUGGGAAGUACAAGGACAUGGCAGGUCACGAUAUAAACUAUAUAGCAGUUUCCGGGGCUCUCUCUCUCCUAGGCCGGGAAGGACAGAAACCAUACGCACCGGGGAACAUCCUCGGGGACUUUGCUGGCGGCGGAGCGGUGUGUUUCCAGGGAGUAUUACUUGCGCUGCUUGCUCGUCAGACCACAGGCAGAGGCCAAGUAGUCAAUGCCAAUAUGGUAGAUGGGUCAGCAUACCUGGCUACAUUCCCCCGCUUGGCGAGGCAGACACCAAUGUGGAAUGGGCCUAGAGGCUGCAAUGUUCUUGACGGCGGGUGUCCGUACUACGACACGUACGAGACCAAGGAUAAAGGGAGAUAUUUUGCCGUAGGAGCCUUAGAGCCACAGUUUUAUACUGCGUUGCUUGAUGGGCUGGGGCUGAGAGAGGAAGAGGUGUUCCCUCUUGGCUCGAGUAUGGACAGGCAGGACAAGGAGAACUGGCCGUACAUGCGAGCUGUGUUUGCACGGAGGUUCCGGGAAAAGACCCGGAGUGAGUGGGAGGCUAUAUUUGACGGGACGGAUGCUUGUGCUACGCCCGUGCUUACGAUGGACGAGCUCGAGGAGGCAGGGUACGACCAGCGGCCUGUUGUUGGGCUGUCAGAUACGCCGGGACUAGACAUCAGGCCUGAUGACGGCGGAUGGAGCGGGGGCGGCAUUCAUCCUGGCUCCGGGGGCGAGGAGACAUUAAAGGACUGGCUUGGAUGGCAGGCUGGAAGGGACUAUCAAGUGCAUAAUGGAGCUCUUGUUAAAGUUAAGGUUGUUGCCCGGACGAAGCUCUGA